AGUACGUCAGAUUCAAGUUUUCCAGACUUUUUUAUAACCAUGCUAGAUGGUGAUUGUCGGGCAGCCUUGCGAAGUAGAGACAAGACGAGGGCAGCAAACCUUCUACGACAGAAGAAACGAUUUCAGAAAGAUAUUUCAGAUAAGGAUGUUCAAUACCAGCGAUUGCUGACUAUGUUACAACAGCUCAGUGCUACAAGGCACAACAAGGAGAUCUUGGAUGCAUAUAAGGCAGGAACGGCUGCUUUCAAGGCCAAUCUAGCUCGGCAUGGUAUGACCGCUGACAAGAUUGAUGAGACAAUGGAUGAAGUCGCAAGUGCAAUAGAUGAUUAUCGCGAAAUCGAAGAAGCUAUCAGCCAUGCAAUUGUACCGAAACAACACGAUGAUGAUGAUCUUGAAAAGGAACUGGAUGAACUGAUGGCUAAGCAGAAGCCCAUCCCUUCGCCAGAGAAAGUUGUACCCUCAUUUCCUGAAGUUCCAUCGAAUACCGUUGGCUAUCGUGAGCUUGAAGAAGACGAUGCAAUGAGCCUUGAGAAGCGGCUUGAACGAUUGCGAUCAGCUAUGUGA